UGAUAGCGGAAGUGUGUAGCAGUGGCAGGAGAAGCAGCAUGGCGUACACGGCGAAGAUCGGUCCAUCUAUUUUGAGCAGCGACCUGUCCCAGCUCGGGAGGGAAUGCGAGCGAAUGAUGGAGUGCGGUGCUGACUAUCUGCAUCUUGACGUCAUGGAUGGGCAUUUUGUUCCAAACAUCACAUUUGGGCAUCCAAUGGUGGAAUGUUUACGAAGCUGUAUCGGACCUGAUCCAUUUUUUGACAUGCAUAUGAUGGUAUCCAGACCAGAGCAGUGGGUGAAUCCCAUGGCAGCAGCAGGAGCCAAUCAAUAUACUUUCCAUCUAGAAGCUACAACCAACCCGGGCAACCUUAUCAAGGAAAUCAGAGAGAGCGGCAUGAAGGUUGGUCUUGCUAUUAAACCUGGUACAACUGUUGAAGAAUUGGCACCAUGGGCUAGACAGAUCGAUAUGGCUCUUGUCAUGACUGUAGAACCUGGCUUUGGUGGUCAGAAAUUUAUGGAAGAUAUGAUGCCAAAGGUGAGCUGGCUCAGGAGUCAGUUCCCAUCUCUAGACAUUGAAGUGGAUGGUGGAGUCGGUCCGGACAGCAUCCACAGAUGUGCUGAGGCUGGAGCAAACAUGAUCGUGUCGGGCAGCGCCGUGGUGAGCAGCGAUGACCCUCGUUCUGUAAUCGCCCUCCUCAAAAAUGUUGUUAUGGAAGCAAUCCAGAAACGUUCUUUGGACCGUUGAGCAUCCUGACUUUUCACCUGAUGUCAGUUUUCAGCCACCACUGAAAGUCAUUCCUGCAGAUUCUGAGAGUCCGUUUUAGUGUACAGAUUGGUAAAUGAAUUCUCAGUGGUGCUUGUGAAUGGACUUGAUCCAAUGUUGGAUGUGCCGAAUCUUCAAACCACAGGAACUGCCCUUACCCAGACUCUUGCUUAGAUGAAGCUAGAGUUUUCAGAGAAUAGUGUUCAGACAGAAUCAGUCUGUUCUUGCUACUUCAGUUUGAUCAUUCCUAUCUUAAGUAAACUCAUUUUGUUUGAUUUCUCACAGUUUGUCGCAGCAUCUGUUACCAUUGAUGAGGCUGCAGAUCAUCAAUUAGAACAGUUUUACGCCAGCCAAUACCUGUUGUAAGGUACAGCAGGUAUUGGCAUGGACAAAUGAAUUCUGACACAUUCCGCAGUUUUUCAAGAACACUGAAAUGAUAAAAGUAUAAGCAAAAGACUUGUGGUAUCAUUUGUCAGUCCCACUCACCCCAGUUAAAUCAUAGGAACAUGCAAGUGUAGCUGUUAAAAUUCAAUCCAUUCCCACAUUUCAUAGUCAACAUUAAAAUUGAAAGAUUUUUAAAUGCAAGUGUAAUAAUUCUAUUGUGAAUGAUUCAUGCAUGUUGGUUUUUAAAAAAAAAUUUUUUUUUACUUUAAUUAAAUUACCACCACAUCCUCUAGUGCAGUGUUUUCCAACCCUGUUCCUGAAGGCACACCAACAGUACACAUUUUCAACCUCUCCCUUAUCAAACAAACCUGAAUCACCUCAUCAGAACAUUAGAAGAGAAAAAAAACCUGAAAUGAAUAGGUCAGAUAAGGGAGACAUCCAAAACAUGUACUGUUGGUGUGCCUCCAGGAACAGGGUUGGAAACACGGCUCUAGUGAACCGACAAACUUAUUUUUCUUAAACUUAAUAUUUGCAUACUAGACUUUACUAUUCUUACAAUUGACUGCAAGUUUGCGUCCAUAUCUGCCUCUAUCUGAAUAAAUUGCUAAAUUCAUUGUUUAUCUUUAUACUAAAGCAAAAAAAUAAAAAAAUAGUUGAUAUUUUGUGACUUUGAUACAUACUUUAUUACAUGCUGCUAUAAAAUGAAGUACAUCAGUGUUAAAGAGUGAAAUAUAUCUAAACACAGAACACAAGCAGAUCAUUUUAUGCCGUCUGAAGUUAUCUGUGCUCACGAGUCAGUCCAUAGCCAGGACCUCCGGAUAGCACAACCUGUGCUUUCUAAAAUGUGAUCCUUCACUUCUUUGUGAUGUCCUUCUACCAAAUCUCCCCACGGGUCGUAUUCCUCUGUCUUUAUACCACAUGGCAUCAAUGUUUGGAUCUACGGGGAUAAACGGUAUUAGGAAAAAAACAAGCAUCCAAUGUGGUACACUAAUGAUAUUGAAAAGGCAUGCAAAAUGUAAAAAUGUCAAAUCAAUAAAAUCUAACCUCUCAUCUCCA